AUGGACUUCCUAGUCAUGGAGAACUUGCACGUUAUAUGUGCCUGUCCCAUUUGCUUGGAUUUCUUCCUAGACCCAGUGACCACUCCCUGUGGGCACAACUUCUGUCAUGCCUGCCUCAGUUUGCGGUGGAAUAGUGUAAAUGAGAUUUUCCUCUGUCCUGUGUGCAAGACAUGCUUUCCGCAGAGAAGCUUCAGCAGGAACUCCCAGUUCCGUGACCUGAAUGAAACCAUCAGGCUCCAGCAGGAAACACAGAGCAAGAGGAAGCAGCAGAAAAAACAAGCCCCAUGUCAGAAACACAAUCAGCCUCUGGUCCUAUUCUGUGUGAAGGAUCUAGAAGUCUUAUGUGCCCAGUGUAGCUUCUCUGUGGAACACCAGGACCAUUACACCUGCCCCAUUGAGAAAGCUUCCAUGUAGCACAGGAGAGUACUCAAUAUGGUCACUGAGCUUCGGAAGAUCAAAGUGAAAGAAAGCAAGGCUGUGGUAGCUCGGCAGGACAGAAUCCUUCUUAUAUGGAGGAUGACGUUUGAAUAUAAAAAACAACAGAUAAGUUAUGAAUUUAGGCAAAUCAAGCUGUUUCUGCAGAAUGAGCUGGAGGCACUUCUAAACGAGAUCCACAUUGAGGAGCUGGUGGGUUUAUCAAAACUCAAUGAAUAUGUUCAAGCCCUGUCAGACCAUAUUUCCACAUUAAACGAUCUGUUGAGGGAAGCAGAGGCCAACCAUGUAGAAUCAGAUCUCACACUUUUGACAACAGUUCCCAGAGCCUACCACAGGUUGGAAAACCUUACAUGUCCCAAACCCUUGUCAUCUGGGGCAAAGCAACAUGGCCUCAGCCUCCCACCACAGUAUUCUGGCUUGGAUAAGAUCAUCAAGCAAUUUCAAAUAAAUGUGACUUUUGAUGUUGACACAGCACACCCUCAGCUUGUUAUUUCUGAGGAUAGAAAAUCUGUGGUUUAUAAAGAAAGAGGACCAAGUGUUCAAGCUAGCGCUGAGAGAUUUGACUUCUUGCCUGAUGUCCUGGGGUAUACUGGAUUUCGUUCAGGGCGAUGGUUCUGGGGGGUAAAAGUGGGAAACAAGCCCAGGUGGGCAUUGGGUAUAUGUCAAGACUGGCUUCCUGGGGCCUGGAGCAGUCAGCCCUCAGUUGCUAAGUGCUUCUUUGCCAUUGGGAGAGACACUGACAGUGGCUAUGUCACCUAUGGGCCCCAAAGAAUGGAGUUUCUGCCAGUGGUGUGGGCCAGUAAGAUUGGCAUUUUUUUGGAUUAUGAACUGGGUGAGCUCUCCUUCUAUAAUAUGGAUGACAGGUCUCUUCUCUACACUUUCAGUACUUCUUUUGCCAGCAUCAUUUGGCCGUACUUCUGUGCAGGAACAGAUUCUGAACCUCUUAAAAUCUUACCACUGUGUAGGACAGACACAGGAUCUUCGUUCUAG